GAACCACGCCUGGGAGAAUCUGCCCAGUCAGACGAUUCCUGGAUAAUAUCACGAUGCUCCAGUCGUCCGCCCGUGCAUGUGGGGAGAGCCCCUCCCAACGUUGGGGGUUGCAUCCUUAAAACGGGGGGUGCUUCCGCUCUUCGUUUCUGAGUGAAUUGUGAAGCUUGACCGUCCUCUUGCCCUCUCAUCCCCCUCAAUUCCGGCACCAGUAUCUCGAUCUGUACGCUGCUCACCAUGCCGUACCCCGACAAGUUCACCGGCUUCCAGGUCAACGGGCCUGAAACCUGGCUCGACUUCCACAAGAACGAGUUCCAACCCAAGCCAUUUGGCGACUAUGACGUCGACAUCAAGGUCGAGUGCUGCGGUGUCUGCGCCAGCGAUGUCCACACCAUCAGCGGUGGUUGGGGCAAGCAGCACUACCCCCUGGCUGUUGGGCACGAAAUCGUUGGAACGGCCAUUCGUGUUGGACCCAAGGUGACCUUGAUCAAGGAAGGCCAGCGUGUGGGUGUUGGCGCGCAAAGUUACUCCUGCCUGGACUGCCGUCAAUGCAAGAACGACAACGAGACAUAUUGCAGGAAGCAAUUGGACACUUAUGGCGCCGUUUGGCCAGAUACCGGCAUCGUCUCGCAGGGCGGCUACUCGUCCCAUGUGCGGACACAUGAGCAUUGGGUCUUCCCCAUCCCCGACGCCCUUCCCAGCACUGUGGCGGCCCCGAUGCUCUGCGCCGGCCUGACCGCGUACUCGCCUCUCGUGCGCAACGGCUGCGGCCCCGGCAAGAAGGUCGGCAUCGUGGGCUUGGGCGGCAUCGGCCACCUGGGCGUGAUGUUUGCGAAGGCGCUCGGGGCCGAGGUCUGGGUGAUCAGCCGGACGCACGCCAAGGAGGAGGAUGCGCGCAAGCUGGGCGCCGACGGGUUCCUGGCGACGGCCGACAAGGGCUGGAACGAGCCGCACGUCAUGACGUUCGACCUGAUCGUCAACACGGCCAGCAGCUUUGACGGGUUCGACCUCAACGCCUACCUGAGCCUGCUCGAUGUGCAUGCCAAGUGGGUCAGCGUCGGCCUCCCCGAAGACGACGGCAUCAAGGUCCGCAACCAGACCUUCUUGACCAACGGCUGCUUCUUUGGCAGCUCGCAUCUCGGGAGCAGGAAGGAGGUGCUCGCCAUGCUUCAGCUGGCGGCAGACAAGGGGAUCAGGACGUGGGUGGAGGAAAUACCCAUCAGCAAGGAGAACCUGGCGACCGCGCUGCAGAGGGUGCACAAGAACGAUAUCAGGUAUCGGUUCUGCUUGACCAACUAUCAGGACCAGUUUGGGGCGUAA